AUGGCCGCAUCUAGGUGGCCAGAGUCGCAGAUGCUCCUUCCCUUCUUCUCCCCUAGAUCUCCACCCCUCCCUCUCUCUUCCGAGGCUCCCGACGGCGAGCGCAGGGCAGCGGCACCCCCAUGGGUGGAUGCUGGGAUGGAUUGGAUCAUUCACCUUGAUACUGAUGAGUUGAUUCACCCAGCUGGUGCCCGAGAGUACUCCCUAAGGCAAUUGCUUUUAGAUGUUCCUGACAAUGUUGGCAUGGUUAUCUUCCCCAAUUAUGAGAGCAGCAUUGAGCGUGAUGACAUUAAGGAUCCUUUCACUAAGGUUUCCAUGUUUAAGAAAAAUUAUGAUCAUCUUCCGAAGGAUACAUACUUUGGUCUAUACAAAGAAGCAACACGUGGUAAUCCAAACUACUUCCUUACUUAUGGUAAUGGAAAAUCGGUUGCAAGGGUUCAAGAGUAUUUGCAUCCAAGUGGUGCUCAUAGAUGGCAUAAUUACAUGAAAUCCCCAAAUGAAAUCAAAUUGGAGGAGGCUGCUAUUCUGCAUUACACCUACACAAAGUUCUCAGACCUAACCUCAAGGAGGGAUAGGUGUGGUUGCAAGCCAACUAAAGAAGAUGUGAAGCGAUGUUUUAUCUUGGAAUUUGACCGUUUAGCCUUUAUAAUUGCAUCAACAGCGACUGAGGAGGAGAUGAAGAACUGGUAA